AUGAAAUGUAUGAACGAGUCGGCCAGUGCGGCAUGUGCAGGAGCUUGUGCAGGUUCACUGUCCAAAACAGUCCUUUACCCAUUGGAACUGAUUAGGAGGAUGCUUCAAGUUCAGGGUUCGUCACUCGUGGCAAGUGUUCCCACUGGAUCCUUCUACGUCUGUGCAGGGUUUUGGCACUGUUUGAAGAUAAUAUUUCGAAAAGAAGGUGUAUCCGGCUAUUACAAAGGAUUCAUGUUAUCCGCUAUUAAAUCCAUGAUAGGAACAACUUUAAAUUUUUUUACUUAUGAAUUUAUUCUAGCUAUAUAUUCACCUGUGCGCAAAUCUAUUGAUGGCGACGUGUGA